AUGGCGACUCGGGAUUCACGCCUCAGUGAAAAGCAUGGCUACCAAAGUUUAUUCAACGAAAUCCACGCAUCCAUUCUUGUAUUGGCCGAUGCAUUGAUGUGUCGCGAGUUCAUGGAACACAUCCAGGGGCUAUCUAAGAGUUUUAUAGCCUAUUUGCAAAGAUUAGAGAUCAAUAUGACAUAA